AUGUUAUGCCUUGGUAAAUCGUGCGGACUAAAUCACAUUGAGGUACUCAUUCAGACACGGAGUGUUGGAGUCAGUGGCAAUCGUGGGGUGGUUGAUUGUAUGGAGGAUGGUGGAAAUGACCAAGAUGGUAUUCGGAAUAUUGGUGGGGACGAUCAGAGGGAUUUGUUACCAACGUAUUGUCCUAAUAGGGGUAAGACGUUUUUGUCUGCUCAAUGGGCGUAUGGCAUUACCCACGUAGGACAAUGUUUUGAUGGCGGACCAAAUGAGUUCUGUGAAGUUCUAUGCAAGUAUGCCGUGGAGCGUGGAUUCCAAUUCAAAUACAUUAAAAAUGAUUCCGUUCGCAUUACAGUCGUGUGCAAGUUCGUAGAGGCCACAGGGUGUAAAUGGUCAGUUCAUGCGAGGAUGUUACCAUCAAACGGUGUGUUAUGCGUUAAGAGGUUCAAUAGUGUGCACACUUGUGGCGUUGCUGUACGCACUUACAGGAACCCGCGUACAGGGUCUGAUUUGGUGUCAAAUGUUGUUGCGGAUCGAGUGCGUGAUCAACCUUUGACACGCCCUACGGAUGUGGUGUUCGAUUUGAGAAACGAGUAUGGAUUGGAGAUUAGUUACCGGGUGACAUGGUUGGGUGUAGAGAAAGCGAUGGGUGAAAUGUAUGGGGAUCACGCUAUGUCGUUCGACCAACUCAGGUGGUACAGCGAUUAUGUUAUGGAAAAAAACCCAAACAGUUACAUUAACCUUGACUUCGAACAGAAUACCGGGCGGUUUGUUAGGUAUUUCAUUUCAUUCCGUGCGUAUAUAGAUGGAUUCAAGCAUUGUCGACCUUUGUUGUUUUUGGAUGGAACGUUUUUGAAAGGCAGGUUCAAAGGUAAUAUGCUUGCCGCUACUGCGAAAGACGGCAAUCAAGGAUUAUUCCCUGUGGUGUUUGCGGUGGUAAUUCUGAAAAUGCAGCCAAUUGGGAAUGGUUUCUUUGGAAUUUGA